AUGGUCCGCGUUGUGUCAUGCCACUUCUUGCGCCUCAGCUGCAGCGAAGAUGACCACCCGCUCUUCCGGCGCUACUACGCCAGGUGUAAUCGAGAACGAGGCGUUAAGCUCUUGCGGUGCUUCCCGCACUGCUGCCCGGAGCAUGUGCAGCGCUGCUACUGCGGUACUUCCAUCCACGUGCAGGUGUCCUUCACCACUAUCCUCCCACCCGUCGUGCGGGAGAAACUACUGGUGUGCGCUCGCUUCGAGCCAUCGAGAGUAGUCCCACUUUGGCCCAAUAACGCAGCAAGCGCACCUGGGUAUGACGCCAUGCAGGAGGAUGAGCGCAAAUUGCAGCCUGGUGAAGUCGUAGCACUUCCUGCGAGUCUCUUGGCCGUGGAGAAGCGAAAACCGGACCAGACGGUGUGGAUCCGAGCUGACAGAGAAGCCUCGAACACCAAGCUCGCGGCUGUUGAGGUUGAUUUAUCAACGUUCACUUCGACGUCUGAUGCUGUACAAGUGCGUUUCGUCGGUCCGUCAGUGUCAGCGGGUAACAUAUCGAAUCUUGAGACCAAGAUUGCAGCGUAUCCAUCAAUUAUCACCACAACUGGGUGCUCUAUUGCCCCUCAAUCUGCUGCUGGUGAUAGUGACGCUGCUUUUUGGGCCUCCGACGUCCGUGUGUACCGAUCCGGCUUGGCUGAAAAGGCAAAACACUUGCUCAUUCUAUGGCGCUUUCUCAGCUUUGUGACCCUGGAGGAUGCUGGUAUAACACUGGACAUACUACGCACACAAAUCCGAUCUCAUUGGCUGCAUGCAGCUAGAGUUCUCCAAACUUCAUCACGGACACCAAGUUGGAGGCGACCGUCGCAGUUGGAGGGUACGUCACUAUUUUCACCGCACCAGACCGCCACGCAUGAGCAGAUAGUGGUCCAAGCCACUGCUCAUCUUCUUCUUCGAGCCUUAUCAUCACGAGCCGUCCAGUACGCGCUCCAAACGGCUUUUACUCUGGGAACGGGGGCGCAGAUGAACGAGGUGCUUUUUGCGACGCAGAGUGGACCAGCUGCGUUGAUCCAUUUGAGAGGCGCGGAAAAUGCAUGGACUCGUACAUGGCUGCUAGAGCCCGGCUCAAUCCAAGUAACCAGAAUCCCUACAUUGUUCGUCGAGCCGUCGCUGGUGAGCUUCACUCGCCUCUCCAUAUAA